UCCACACGGAUAGGGAGGAUAACUAUUAACAGUUAUUUAACCUUUAACAUGAACAUGAAUCAAAGGUAAUAAUUUUUUCUGGGUACAUGAUACCAUACAGCAUUCAUAUCAAACUUGCGCGGGCCGCACUAACAUUAAACUUUCACAUCUACGUUUACUAUUUUGAGUGUAAAGGUGUCUAUUGGGGUGUUUUAUGUCUAGAGUUUAUGUUAGAAAGUGUAUUUAGAAGGUGGUAAACUGGUUUGAUAAUUUUCUUUUAUGUCUACUAUACCGGGUAAUACGAGUGCAUUUAUGUUAAUAAAUGAUAUAUGAAUGAAUAUAUAAACAUCACAGCACGUGGCGUCUCAGGAGCACAGUGGUAAGAUUUCCGAGUGACGGAAGUGACGCACAUACUGCGCAUGUGCAGAACCGAUGGUGUUUCCGGUAUGGCUCCUGCAGUGACAGUAGCUAAGGCCCAAGUCCGAGGAAGUCCUAUCUCCGUGGGAUAGAAGCCACGCAAAGUCUGCCAUCACAGUGAAUGAGAGACAAGCACUCGAAAUAAAAUAUCGUCGACCAACGAAACAGAGCUGAACACCCUUAUCCAAGCUUGAAGAUGUGGAGAGGGAAGCCUGCGGCGUUCUAUUGACAGAUUUCAUCAUGAAGUUUCUCCACAGCUGCACAAUUACUACUGGGACCUGGUGAAGGACACCAUGGUUUGAAGGGAAAGAAAGUGGACGACGGGAGGAGCUCUGCCCACUCAUCUCCACCUCUUUCAAAGCAUGGCAGGACUGCAGCUGGUCACCCCGGCCACGUCUCCCAUGGGGCCCUUUUUUGGACUUCCUUGGCAACAGGAGGCCAUCCACGAUGACAUUUAUACACCUAGAAAAUAUCAGGUCGAACUUCUGGAAGCAGCUCUUGAGCAUAAUACUAUCGUCUGCUUGAACACGGGCUCAGGGAAGACCUUCAUUGCAGUUCUCCUAACAAAGGAGCUCUCCCACCAAAUCCGUGGACAGUACCAAGGAAAUGCGAAAAGAACUGUAUUUCUCGUCAACUCAGCCUUGUGUGUCGUUCAGCAAGCGGCUGCUGUCCGGACUCACUCUGACCUCCAGGUGGGAGAGUACACAGAUUUACAGGAGACCUCAGCAUGGGCGUGUCAACGGUGGAGGGAAGAAAUCACCAACAACCAGGUGCUGGUGAUGACCUGCCAUAUAUUCUUACAUGUGCUAAGGAGACGAAUACUGCCAUUGUCUAAAAUCAACCUGGUGGUUUUUGAUGACUGCCAUCUUGCCAUCACCGAUCACCCCUACUGUGAGAUCAUGAAGCUUUUUGACGGCAGCGCGUGCAGUCCUCGAAUCCUGGGUCUGACGGCCGCCAUUCUGAACGGGAAGUGUGAUCCGUCAGAUCUUGAGCAGAAGAUCCAGAAUUUGGAGCAAGUCCUGAGGAGCAACGCUGAAACGGCCACAGAUCUUGUAGUUCUUGACAGAUAUGCCUCCCAGCCAAGAGAAGUUGUCCUCGACUGUGGCUCCUACGUGGACAAGACCGGGCUGGCUUCUCGUCUACAAGCCGAGCUGGACGAAGCGCUCCUCUUCUUGAAUGACUGCAAUAUAUCUGUUGGAAGAGAAGACAGGGAUCCGACGGCCAUUUCUCGACAGGUGUUAAGCGACUGCAGGGCGGUGCUGCAGGUUCUGGGGCCCUGGUGUGCGGACAAAGCAGCAGGCAUCAUGGUGCGCGAGCUCCAGAAGUACAUCAAGCACGAAGUGGGGGAGCUCAACCGCAAGUUUCUGCUCUUCACCGACACGAUUCUUCGGAAAGUGCACGCUCUGUGCGAGGAGCAUUUCUCUCCUUCCUCCCUGGACCUCAAGUUUGUCACGCCAAAGGUUCUCCGUCUGCUGGAGAUCCUGCACGAAUACAAGCCCUUUGAACGGCAGCAGUUUGAGAGCGUGGAGUGGUACAACAACCGCAACCAGGACAACUACGUGUCUUGGAGUGACUCGGAGGACGACGAGGAGGACGAAGAGGUGGAGACCAAAGAGAGGCCGGAGGCCAACUUCCCGUCGCCGUUCACCAACAUCCUGUGUGGAAUUAUCUUCGUGGAGAGGCGGUACACGGCAGUCGUCCUGAAUCGGCUGAUCAAAGAGGCGGGGAAGCAGGAUCCGGAACUGGCGUACAUCAGCAACAACUUCAUCACCGGCCACAGCAUUGGCAAGAACCAGCCACGGAACAAGCAGAUGGAGGUGGAAUUCAGGAAGCAAGAGGAGGUUCUCCGCAAAUUCCGGGCCCAUGAAACGAACCUGCUGAUCGCCACCAGCAUUGUGGAGGAAGGCGUGGACAUUCCAAAGUGUAACCUGGUGGUCCGCUUCGACUUGCCGACAGAGUACAGGUCCUACGUCCAGUCCAAAGGCCGAGCCCGGGCCCCCGUCUCCAACUACAUUAUGUUGGCCGACAGCGACAAGACCAAAAGCUUUGAAGAAGAUCUCACCACCUACAAGGCCAUAGAGAAGAUCUUGAGGAACAAGUGCUCUAAAUCCGCUGAGGUUGGCGAGUUUGAGGGAGAGCACGUGUUUGACGACGACAACAUCCUCCCUCCGUACGUGCUUCGAUCGGAGGACGGCGGUCCCCGGGUGACCAUCAACACAGCCAUCGGACACAUCAACAGGUACUGUGCUCGGCUGCCCAGCGACCCCUUCACACACUUGGCACCCAAGUGUAAGACCGUCGAGACGCCGGACGGACGAUUCCAGUCCACGCUUUAUUUGCCCAUCAACUCGCCACUAAGAGUUCCUGUGAAGGGUCCAAAAAUGAAUUGUGGCCGGUUGGCGGAGAAAGCUGUAGCGCUAUUAUGCUGUGAGAAACUCCACAGAAUAGGCGAGCUGGACGACCAUUUGAUGCCGGUGGGCAAGGAGACCGUCAAGUACGAGGAAGAGCUGGACCUUCACGACGAGGAGGAGACCAGCGUGCCCGGCCGGCCUGGCUCCACAAAGAGGCGGCAGUGCUAUCCUAAAGCUAUUCCCGAGUGUCUGCGGGACAGUUACGCCGUACCCGAGCAUACUUACUACCUGUACGUGAUCGGGAUGGUCCUCACCACGCCGCUACCCGAUGAGCUCAACUUCCGGCGAAGGAAGCUUUACCCGCCGGAGGACACCACCAGAUGCUUCGGUAUCCUGACGGCCAAGCCCAUACCGCGGAUCCCCCACUUCCCAGUGUACACACGCUCAGGUGAGGUGACCAUCUCCAUCGAACUUCAAAAGUCCGGCUUCACCCUGGCCGGCCCCCAGCUUGACCUCAUCACGCGCCUGCACCAGUACAUCUUCUCUCAUAUCCUGCGCUUGGAGAAACCCGCGCUGGAGUUCAAGCCCACGUGUGCUGAUUCUGCUUACUGCGUUCUACCUCUCAAUGUUGUUGGGAAUUCCGACACGCUGGAUAUGGACUUCAAGUUCAUGGAGGAAAUCGAGAGUUCCGAGGCCCGGACCGGCAUUCCGACCACUCAGUACACCAAACAGAACCCCUUCGCCUUCAGGCUGGAGGACUACCAGGAUGCUGUCAUCAUCCCCAGGUACCGGAACUUUGACCAGCCUCAUCGCUUUUACGUUGCCGACGUCUACACGGACCUCACGCCUCUCAGCAAGUUCCCUUCACCAGAAUAUGAGACCUUCGCCGAGUACUACAAAACCAAGUACAACUUGGACCUCUCCAACCUAAACCAGCCUCUCCUAGAUGUAGACCACACCUCAUCCAGGCUGAAUCUGCUGACCCCGCGGCACCUCAACCAAAAGGGUAAAGCACUGCCGCUCAGCAGCGCAGAGAAGAGGAAGGCCAAGUGGGAGAGUCUGCAGAACAAACAGAUCCUGGUUCCAGAGCUCUGCGCCAUCCAUCCCAUCCCCGCAUCCCUCUGGCGGAAGGCGGUGUGUUUGCCCAGCAUCCUCUACCGCCUGCACAGCCUCUUGACAGCGGAGGAGCUCCGAUCUCAGACGGCCAGCGAAGCAGGAGUUGGAUCUCGAAGCCUUCCUCCCGACUUCAGGUAUCCAAACCUGGACUUUGGAUGGAAGAAAUCCAUAGACUGCAAAAUAUUCAUGUCCUCAGCCGACUCCUCCGGUGAGGACAACGAGGGCAGCGGCGGCGGCGUGCGUCGCAGCAAGGACUUUGUGAACGGCACGACUCCGGCUCCCGACAGCGGCGACAACAGUGACCCAGAAGCAGAGCACCUUGACCGCCAUUAUGAUCGCCAGUCCUCCCAGUGCGGCUCUUGCGGACUGCAAAGCCCCGAAACCAUGCAACCCUCUACCUCACUUCCUGUGCAGUCUUCUCACAGCUCGAAGAAUCAUCCCGACCCGUGUCCUCCUCCGCGGCAUGGCCACCAAGCAAGGAACCCGGACCACGCACGCAAUGCUACCUCAGUCCCCAGCCGGGCAGAAAAGUGUCCCGACGCUCACCGAUCCCCCACGCGCCAUGUCGCUGCUGCGCCGCAUCCCGGUCACGGGGCCCGAGAGUCCCCCAAAAGCCUGGGGCCCAACCCGGGUCUCAUUCUGCAGGCCUUGACUCUUUCCAAUGCCAGUGAUGGUUUCAACCUGGAGCGACUGGAAAUGCUCGGCGACUCCUUCCUCAAGCACGCCAUCACCACGUAUCUGUUUUGCACCUACCCCGACGCCCACGAAGGCAGGCUCAGCUACAUGCGCAGCAAGAAGGUGAGUAACUGUAACCUGUAUCGCCUGGGCAAGAAGAAAGGACUCCCCAGCAGGAUGGUGGUGUCCAUCUUUGACCCCCCCGUCAACUGGCUACCUCCUGGCUACGCCGUCAACCAGGACAAGAGCAGUACUGACAAACUGGACUCGGAUGAGGCCAAAGAGGAGCUUCUGUCCAACGGGCCUUCCGCCGACGACUACGACGAGGAGAGCGAGGAGGCGGACGAUGAAGGAGAGCUGAUGUUGAAGGACGAACCAAAGGAUGAGGUCAACAUGGAGGACGACCUGGAGUAUUACAAGGAGCACAUCAAAUUCAUCGACAACAUGCUGCUGGGAUCCGGCGCCUUCGGGAAGAAGAUCUCUCUGAGCACCUUCCCUCCGCCGCUCGCCGCCGCCUCAGGGCCGCCGCCCUCCGCGGGGACGCCGUACGAAUGGAAGGCCCCCAAAAAGAACCCGUACCACGCGUCCCAGCAGCACCCGGAGCCGCUCCCCGCCGUGUCAGCAGCCGAGGACUUCGACUACAGCUCGUGGGACGCCAUGUGCUACUUGGACCCCAGCAAGGCAGGUGAAGAGGAUGACUUUGUGGUGGGCUUUUGGAAUCCGUCGGAGGAGAACUGCGGCACGGAGCUGGGAAAGCAGUCCAUCUCUUACGACCUCCACACGGAGCAGUGCAUCGCCGACAAGAGCAUCGCCGACUGCGUGGAGGCUCUGCUGGGCUGCUACCUCACCAGCUGCGGAGAGAGAGCUGCACAGAUGUUCCUCUGCUCGCUCGGCCUCAAGGUGUUACCGCUGGAGAGAGGGAUCUCGCCGGCAGAGAGUCGGCUCAGUCCAGCAUGUGCGGUGGGUGACCUGUGCUACGGCUGGUUGAAGAUCCCACCGCGUUGCAUGCUGGAACAUCCGGACGCAGAGAGAACGCUCAACCACCUGAUCUCCGGCUUCGAGAACUUUGAAGGGAAGAUCAACUACACUUUUCAGAACAAGGCUUAUCUCCUCCAAGCCUUCACCCAUGCUUCCUACCAUUACAACACCAUCACAGAUUGUUACCAACGGUUGGAGUUCCUGGGAGAUGCAAUUCUAGACUACCUCAUUACCAAGCACCUUUAUGAAGACCCUCGGCAGCACUCCCCCGGCGUACUGACAGACCUGCGCUCGGCACUCGUCAACAACACCAUCUUUGCCUCCCUGGCCGUCAAGUACGACUACCACAAGUACUUCAAAGCCAUCUCACCGGAGCUUUUCCACGUCAUCGACGACUUUGUGCAGUUUCAACUUGAAAAGAACGAGAUGCAAGGCAUGGACUCGGAGCUGCGACGCUCGGAAGAAGACGAGGAGAAGGAGGAGGACAUCGAAGUCCCCAAGGCGAUGGGGGAUAUCUUUGAGUCGCUUGCCGGGGCCAUUUACAUGGACAGCGGGAUGUCGCUGGAGAUGGUGUGGCAGGUCUACUACCCCAUGAUGAGGCCGCUCAUAGAGAAAUUCUCCGCAAACGUUCCUCGAUCUCCUGUGAGGGAGCUGCUGGAAAUGGAACCAGAAACUGCCAAAUUCAGCCCCGCCGAGAGGACGUACGACGGGAAAGUCCGGGUGACGGUGGAGGUCGUCGGGAAGGGCAAGUUCAAAGGCGUCGGCCGCAGCUACCGGAUCGCCAAGUCCGCCGCGGCCCGACGAGCUCUGCGUAGCCUCAAAGCCAACCAACCUCAGGUCCAAAACAACUGAGCUCCUCUCAGCAUCGAACACCUACACCAUUGACUCAGUAUUUGCGUCCCAACACGCCACAAUGCUCAAGAUGAGGAGCACUCUCUCUUUGUGUGUGUGUGUGUGUGUGUGUGUGUCUGUCUCUGUAUGUGUGUG